AUGAUAGCAGCAACGAUUUUGACAUUUCAGCCAAGCUGGCGAAAAGCAGGAAGGCACUACGACUCGACGGGGGAGCCUGUGGCUGUGGGCGGGGCAACAGACGAAGGAUGGCAUUCUUACCAGGGGAGUAUUAGCCUACUUGUGUGUGAAAUUUUGUAUGGCAAGGAGGGUGUGCAAGAGCGAUACGAUGCUGGACUCAAUUUGAUAGCAGCAGCUGCGCCUGCGUUAAUAUCUGACGACCUUGGCGAUGAGAUUCCUUGGCCAGCAAUCCCCAUGAUUGAUGGCGUGGGGAUGCGUGCAUGUCACAUGGAUGGAGGAGACCUGAAUGGUGGUUGGUCCUGUGCUGGAUUCUCACGGCCCGUUCCACCGUGA